AUGAAUGCCGUUAACUUUAAUAAAUGGCUAAGAGAAAAGCUCAUACCCAAUUUAAAUGAGCCGAGUGUAUUAGUUAUAGAUAAUGCCAGUUACCAUUCAAUCAUUGUAAAUAAAGCUCCUACUUCACAAAGUCGCAAAAAUUAUAUAAGAGAAUGGCUUACUUUUAAUGAUAUUCCAUUUGAACAAUAUCAAACGAAAGCAAAGCUGCUAUGUAUUGUAAAACGAAACACACCAGAAUCAGUAUAUGGAGCUGACGAACUUCUGAAGCGGAAUGGGCAUGAGCUAUUGUGA